UUACUGGCAAGCUGCUCAACUAUUCGAAUAUAGCUUUAAUUUCUUUUUUGAUUCUUCCCUUCCAAAAAUAAAUUAUCAAGACCUUUAUAAUAAAUGUAAAGAACUUAUCAAGAUGAAACUACCUGACCUCCCAACCUCACCUGAUUUAAUCCUCAUCUCUAUCAAAAUCAAGCUUCCUAAAGCCAUCCCCAUCACUUCACCCAAAUAUACAAGAGAAAUUGUACAGUGCCUUAGAGCGUACUACAAUUUUGACCUGCUUUUCCCUUCAUAUUUCAUUAAAAGGUCCAAUCUUCCAGAGAACCCAUUUCAUUUGAAAGUUGAAGUACAAGACAUUUUCCCUCUGACAAAGAGAGCAGAUCUUAGAGCCUUCCAAACACUAGUCGACAAACUAAGAGAGCACUAUUACGUGCCAAAUAAGCUUCCUGAAUUAUACUUCUGCUUUCUGUCUCCAAAGGAACCCCUCCCUCUAUUCUAUAAAGACCUUCCAAAAAACAUGAUUGGUUACUUCCCAGUAAGUAACAAUGUUGCUGACAUUAAAGAAGCUGUGCAAAUUUUGAGAAAUGAAUCUUAUACUUUAAAAAAACUACCAGCAGACUACAUCAUAACCAAAAGACCUUUCCCACCAGUACACUGA